AUUUCACAUUUCAUUCAGUUGUGUGAACGCUCACCAGAAUGGCUAGAUUAAGAUAUUAUUUCGUAUUUAUACUGUACAUAAGUCUACAUCAAGCUGUUAACGCUGAAGAAAACAAUUUAAGCAGUGAGUCACUUUUAACUAAAUAUGCAAAUUUAUUUAAACAACGUCGGUACAAUGACAUCGUAACGAAUAUAAGAUCUUUAUUCAAAGAGCGCUCUCAAUCUGAAGCCAAAGACAAGAAAUUAGAUGAACUCAUAUCCGAUGCAACAUCAGCUUUAGAUUCAGUAAAAACUAAAUUAGAAAAACUCGAUAAAGAUGACGUUUUAACUUUAGACCCACAACCAACAGCAAAAGAAAACAGAUACAAAAGAAGCAUAGACAACGAAACUAUAGAUGAAGUCAAUAGUGCAUCUGUGGAAAACGUUACGGAAGCAGAGAGUGACACAACAGAAACCACAGAUAAAAUAGAAACGAUCACAGACUCUAUAGAAGUUUUAAAUGUUAAAAAUGAUACUUCAGAUCAAUUGUUGAAUGUUACAAAUGACGUUGACGAUGAACUUACGCCAACAAGAAGAUCGUGGCCAAUCGGUGAAGUCGUGCCUCCUUCCAAAUAUGAAACUGCGCCUCCGAUCAGAUAUGACAUCACACCUCUUUCUAGAUAUGACGUCACGCCUCCUUCCAGAUACGAAGUCACAUCAAAGUCUAGAGUUGCUGACGUCACUCCUCAUUCCACAAUUGACGUCGCCCACCAUUCUGCUAAUGACGUCAUUCCUAAUCCGAAAAUUGACGUUCAGUCAAGAAUUAAAGAUAAGCUAAUAUCGUAUUUAGAAGAAACUUUCAACGAUAUUGAAAGAAAAAUAAGUCCUUUAACACAUAUUAAGGCAGCGCUUUCAAACAACAAUGAGUACAGAAUUGGCUACAUAAUAGCAAACAUAGACACGUUAGCCAUAAACCUCAAUAAAUGGAAAAACAAUAUGGUGGCUAACCAAGACAGUUGGAGCGAAGAAACGAUAUUAGAUCUAUUUGAUAAAAUUAAGGCCACCAAUGGAGUUACAACAAGCCUUAUCGAGUCUUUGAAACGACAGUUGCCAGGAUCUAAGGAGCUUAAUCGAUUUACCUAAUUCAUUUUUUUAAGUAUUAAAUAAGUAAAAUUUAAGAUUUUUUCUUUUUGAAGUAAUUUUCUUGUUGAUACUAGAGAUUUCUAUCUGUACUUAUGACGCUGUUAGAGUUUCCUCGUCGUUG